UCGACGCACCCCCUCUACGCCAUGUCCCCCCCUGGCUCGGCCGCGGGAGAGAGCGCCGGCGGCGGCGGCGGCGGUGGCGGCCCCGGGGUCCCGGAGGAGCCCACGGCGGCGGCGGCGGCGGACGAGGGCCCCGCCCGAGAGGAGCAGCGUCCCAUCCAGCCCUCUUUCACCAAGUCCCUCUGCCGUGAGUCCCACUGGAAGUGCCUGCUGCUCUCGCUACUCAUGUACGGCUGUCUGGGGGCCGUGGCCUGGUGCCACGUAACCACGGUGACCCGCCUCACCUUCAGCAGCGCCUACCAGGGCAACAGCCUCAUGUACCACGACAGCCCCUGCUCCAACGGCUAUGUCUACAUCCCCCUGGCCUUCCUGCUCAUGCUGUACGCCGUCUACCUGGUGGAGUGUUGGCACUGCCAAGCCCGCCAUGAGCUGCAGCACCGUGUUGAUGUGAGCAGCGUGCGGGAGCGUGUGGGCCGCAUGCAGCAGGCCACGCCCUGUAUCUGGUGGAAGGCCAUCAGCUACCACUAUGUCCGCCGCACCCGCCAGGUCACCCGAUACCGCAAUGGAGACGCCUACACCACCACCCAGGUCUACCAUGAGCGCGUCAACACGCACGUGGCGGAGGCCGAGUUCGACUACGCGCGCUGCGGCGUCCGCGACGUGUCCAAGGCGCUGGUGGGGCUGGAGGGCGCGCCGGCCACGCGCCUGCGCUUCACCAAGUGCUUCAGCUUCGCCAGCGUGGAGGCCGAGAACGCGUACCUGUGCCAGCGCGCGCGCUUCUUCGCCGAGAACGAGGGCCUGGACGACUACAUGGAGGCGCGCGAGGGCAUGCACCUCAAGAACGUGGACUUCCGCGAGUUCAUGGUGGCCUUCCCGGACCCGGCCCGGCCGCCGUGGUACGCCUGCUCUUCCGCCUUCUGGGCCGCGGCGCUGCUCACGCUGUCGUGGCCGCUGCGCGUGCUGGCCGAGUACCGCACGGCCUACGCGCACUACCACGUGGAGAAGCUCUUCGGCCUGGAAGGUCCCGGCUCGGCGAGCAGCGCGGGCGGCGGCCUGAGCCCCAGCGACGAGCUGCUGCCGCCGCUCACGCACCGCCUGCCGCGGGUCAACACGGUGGACAGCACGGAGCUCGAGUGGCACAUCCGCUCCAACCAGCAGCUGGUGCCCAGCUACUCGGAGGCGGUGCUCAUGGACCUGGCGGCGCUGGGGGCGCGCUGCGCGGGGGCGGCGGGCGGCGGCUACGCGCCCUCGUGCCGCUACGGCGGGGUGGGCGGCCCGGGCGCGGCGGGCGUGGCCCCGUACCGGCGCAGCUGCGAGCACUGCCAGCGCGCCGUCAGCAGCUCGUCCAUCUUCUCGCGAAGCGCGCUCAGCAUCUGCGCCAGCCCGCGGGCCGGGCCCGGGCCCGGAGGCGGGGCGGGCUGCGGGGGCAGCCGCUUCUCGCUCGGCCGCCUCUACGGCUCCCGGCGCAGCUGCCUGUGGCGCAGCCGGAGCGGGAGCGUCAAUGAGGCGAGCUGCCCCACCGAGCAGACGCGGCUGUCGAGCCAGGCCAGCAUGGGGGACGACGAGGACGACGACGAGGAGGAGGCCGGGCCGCCGCCGCCCUACCACGACGCCCUCUACUUCCCGGUCCUCAUCGUGCACCGGCAGGAGGGGUGUCUGGGCCACAGCCACCGGCCGCUGCACCGCCACGGCUCCUGCGUAGAGACCUCACUGUGACCUCCGGCCCUG